AUGAACUGUCCAUGAAGAUGUUUCCAAAAGACGUUGUGUGUGACAGCAGUGUGUGUGACUUCAUUUCGAGAGAAACACAACCAACAGCAGGCAGACGGAGUCCGAGGUCCGAGACCCCCCACGGCGAAGCACCCCGCCUCUUUCCGCGAACAACUCCAAGUGUGUCGUCGAGACUCUUUGCAUCGUGCGUGUUGCUCUACUGGCACGCGUGUGCGUGCGCAUGUCGCCCCGCCGCUCCACCUUCUUCUUUCUGCCUCCGGCGCCACUCGAGUUGUGAGCGCAGAGCGCGGCUGCACGCGACUCAGCCGUCCGUCCCUCCGUCCCUCCGUCUCGCUCUCGUCUCCAGGGGGGGCCGCUGAAGCGCGCGGCAGCUCUCGCGCCACCGCACCCACCGUCACCGUGGCCGGUCGGCGAGCGCGCGCGCCUCUUCCUCGCGCCCUCCCGCGCUCCGUGCUCGCGGCGCCUGGAACACAGUGACGGAUGGGCGCGAGGGUGGAUUUUCCAUUUUUGUAAGUUCGGAGUAAAUAUGAGAGACAGAGAAGGAAAAAAAUAAAUGUUUCACGGGAAGAACAAGAAGCGCAGGCAGCGCACGCCGGUCACGGAAUCAUGACUCUUCUUGUUCUCGGACCCGGAGCCGGAGCCGGAGCCGUGCGCUCGGACAGAAAGAAGCCCAAGAAGUUCGCAGGUUUCCUUUAAUUUUGAAGAGCAUAACGUGGAAGUACGGAAGCUGGAUCCUUUGCCAAGUGCCCGUGCCUUUGUGUGGAUCGCCAGAUGCUUCUUGGACACAUCACUCUGCCCUGCUGCAUCCUGGAGCGUUAGCACUUGCUCAGAGCUGCCACCGACUCCCCAACGAUGGGCGGCUUUGGGCCUCUGAGUUCCACCACAAUUGCCCAGGACCCAAGCCUGCUCAGGGUGAUGUUGUCAGCGACGGGGAACCACUCUGUGAACCUCAACCAGAGUUGGCUCGACCCAGGCAGCAACCGCUCUAAGCCACCGGGCGCCGCUGAGGACGCCGGGGAGAAGAACUGGCCUGCCCUGCUCAUCCUGGUCAUUAUUCUGCUCACCAUUGGUGGCAACAUCUUGGUCAUCAUGGCUGUGUCGCUGGAGAAGAAGCUGCAGAACGCCACCCACUUCUUCCUGUGCUCGCUGGCUGUGGCUGACAUGUUGGUGGGCAUCUUGGUCAUGCCUGUUUCGCUCAUCGUCAUUCUGCACGAUUAUGCCUGGCCUCUGCCAAAUUUUCUCUGCCCAAUCUGGAUCUACCUGGACGUGCUCUUCUCCACCUCGUCCAUCAUGCACCUCUGCGCCAUCUCACUGGACCGCUACGUGGGCAUCCGCAGCCCCAUCGAGUACAGCCGAUUCAACUCACGCACCAAGGCCAAGAUCAAGAUCGCCGCCGUAUGGACCAUCUCUGUGGUGAUCUCCAUGCCCAUCCCUGUAAUUGGGCUCCUGAACAAGGACAAGGUUCUUGUGAAGGGCAGCUGUGUCCUCAACGAGCCCCCCUUUGUGCUGCUGGGCUCCUUCGUGGCCUUCUUCAUCCCACUGGUCAUCAUGGUAGUCACUUACUGUCUGACUGUGCGGGCACUCCAGCACCAAGCCUCCGACUUCAUGCACGGCAACAUGGCUCCUGGCUCUCGGAGGCUCUCCAGAGCCCAGGCCCAGCGUGGCAGGCUCCUUUGCCUCAAGAGGAACAUCUCGCGCAACAGCGCAGGAGGCUGUGAGAACAUCUCCAUCAUCGCCAGGUCAAGAGUGCCCAAGCAGCUCAGCUCGCCCAGCUGCCAAGACCUUGGCAGGGAGCGGGGCAUGAUCCAGGCCAUUAAGAACGAGAGACGGGCGUCCAAGGUGCUGGGCGUUGUCUUCUUCCUCUUCCUGGUAAUGUGGUGUCCUUUCUUCAUCACCAACGUAAUGAACGCACUGUGCAAUGGGGGCUGCAACCAGCCCCUUGUGGAAGAGCUGCUCAACGUCUUCGUGUGGGUGGGAUACAGCUCCUCGGGGGUUAACCCGCUCAUCUACACCCUUUUCAACAAGACGUACCGCCAUGCCUUCUCACGCUACAUGCGCUGCCGCUACUCGGCGCCGCCCCACAGGCCCCUUCUGGGCCGCAACCCGUGCCCAUCGCACAUGGUCACACCAACGUCGCUUAGCUCCAAGAACACCGUUGACCGCAACAGCAACUGCCAAAAUGGCGAUGGCAACACCCUGAGUAGCCAAGAGCUGGACGGCAUAGAUGAAGGUCUGGAGAUGCAGUCAGGCACAUCCAAGGUGUCCAUCGAGAGCGCGGACGCUUCCAGGGAUCACACGAGCUCCAUGUGAUGGGCCAUCUUCACAGCCUGCUAGCUGUUUCUCUCCUGCUCGUGCUGCACGGCCCUCACACAUAUUCCUGCUCUUACUGUCUGUUCACAUGGGGCUGAGUGGCGGGUACCGGCGUUUAUAAGUUCAUCAGCGUGGUGGAAACCACUUACCUCAGACUCUACUCUCUGCUUAGUCAAGGCGCCGGAUUUUGUGUCCUGGGCUUUGACCCCUAAAAACACAU